UACUGCAUGUCUGUGUCCGUCGUCAGAGACCGGUCGUCACUAGUUAAAACAGCCACAAAGUCAUAAUUAUGGCUCAACUCCGCCCAUUCUGCUAUUUAUUUGGUUCAAAUCGGAUUUAAAACCCAACCACAAUACUAACCGUAUACCUUACCCUAGCCUUAAAUUAAGACCAAAAAGCAAAAAUUGUUGUAGACAAUUUUGACUCUGUGGCAUCUGACUUUGUGGUUGUGUUACCUAGUGUGGAAACCAGCUACGUAACCUCUUUAAGUUCAUCUAACUUUUUUUUGUGGAUUGAUUGAUAUUAGCGCGGUCGUAGGCUAAAUCUACCGAAAUGGGGAAGAGGGACAAGAGAGUGUCUUAUGUGAAUCCAAUAGCUGCAUCACGUGCCAAUGGACCCACACCCAAUGCAGGACCCUCUAUCCAGGAUUACCUGAGCAGACCACGGCCAACAUGGGAAGAGGUGAAGGAGAUCAUAGACAGGAAGAAGAAAGGCUCCAGAGCCCUGGCGGACUUUGAGGACCAAAUGAACUCGAAUUGGAAGAAGGAGCUGGCGAAGAACAGAGAGAAGUUACUAGGUGGUGUUGACAAAUACAAGGAGAAAGAGAAAAAGAAGAGCGAGAAAGGAAGGAAAGGAAAGAAAUCCAACAGGCAUUCCUCUCCUUCAUCCUCCUCAUCAAGUUCUGAUUCCUCUAGCAGCUCUUCCUCAGACUCUGAAGACGAGAAUGAAAAGAGCACCAAAAGGAAAAAGAGGUCCUCUAAGAAAGCAUCGGAUGACUCUACUGUAGAAUUGGAGCCCGACGGCAAGGGUGAGAAGAGCCGCAGGAAGAAGAGGAAAGCUGAGCGAAGUCGUAAAGACUCCUCCUCAGAGUUGUCCGCUGACUCCGACAUGGAGGUUGGUGAACCCAAGAAGAGAAAGAGAAGUAGUGAAGAGAAGGAGAAAGACAAAAUGACAGCAGUAGGUGAUUUUAAGACAAAUCAAAGAAGAAGAGGAAAAAGAAGCAGAAGAAAAAAAACCUCUUCUGAUGCAGAGUGGUGGCUCUUUCCACUAGUAGAGAGCUUCUGCCUUCCAACUACCAACGAAUCCCACCUGGGCUGCCUCCCAUGACUGGGGUAGUUGGUGCACUAUGGGAACUGCUGGCUUGAGAGUAUUAAACUAAUCCCGCUUUCAAAACAACUGGGAACCUGGGGGAAUAAAACAAGCUCCGACUGGGGGAAAAUCGGUUUGAACGGUCAUCCAACUCGGAAUUCCAAGUCGGAAACUCGGACAUAUUUCUAGAACAGACUUUCCGACCUAAAAAUCAGACGUCAUGAUUUGGCCUCGUUUAUUUUCCGAGUUCACAGUUGUCUUGAAAGCAACAUAAGGACCGGUGAACUAGAAUCAAACCAUCUGUGAAAACAUGUUUGUUUUUUUUUAGCAGAGUUUUUAUUCAAUUUAAAUAAACAUCAAUAAGAAAACCACAAGUUGUCAAGUGACGCCGAACUGAAAAAUGUGCCUAUGAAAAUGUACUUUCAUUUUGUACACCCUGCUGGCCUUCUAUGUAUAAUUUUUACUUGACAAUCACAUCUUUCUAAAACUGCAUCGCUAGCUACACAAUGAGGUAAUUUUGGGACUUUUAUGCUGGUGCCAUGAUGCGGGUCAUCUGAUAUGAUGGUCACUUCUCUUGCCAUCCUCAUAUAAAUAGGGAUUAUAAAAAUAUAAGUCAAAUGGUCAUAAUCACAAGGGACAAUCUGUUAAAUGUUAUACAACUAUGAAUGAUAUUUAUAAAUGAAUCUGGUUUCAUUAUUUAAGUGUUAAUGUUUUAGCCAUGAUAAUAUUAUUUUUAGUGGAUGAAUGAUUCACAUUUAUACUUAUCAUCCAGGACGCAUCAUGAAAAACUGUACAAUUUUAAUAAGGAAGUCUCAAUGUAUGACUUAAUGUACGCUACCAGUCAAAGGUUUAGACACACCUACUCAUUCCAGGGUUUUUCUUUUUACUUUUUUCCACAUUGUAGAAUAAUAGUGAAGACAUCAAAACUAGGAAGUACCACAUAUGGAAUCAUGUAACCAAAAAAAUAUAUAUUUUUGAGAUUCUUCAAAGUAGCCACCCUUUGUCUUGACAGCUUUGCACACUCUUGGCAUUCUCUCAACCAGCUUUGAGGUAGUCACCUGGAAUGCAUUUCAAUUAACAGAUGUGCCUUGUUAAAUUAAUUUGGAAUUUAUUUCCUCCUUUAAUGUGUUUGAGCCAAUCAAUUGUGUUGUGACAAGGUAGUGGUGGCACAUUCAGACAAUUUACAAAUGAAGUAUUGUGUUUAGUUAGUCUGCCAGAUCAGAGGCAGUAGGGAUGACCAGGGAUGUUCUGAUAAGUGUGUGAAUUGGACCAUUUCCCUGUCAAAAUGUAAAAAGAACACUUUUCUUUAGGAAUGUUUUACAGUAAAAGUUUGCAAAAUAUAAGUAGUAAAGUACAGAUGCCCCAAAACCUACUUAAAUAGUACUUUAAAGUAUUUUUUACUUAAGUACUUUACGCCACUGUGAAUGACCAAGUCCAUAUUAUGCCAAGUACAGCUCAAAAAAUCAGAGGAACGACAUACCAUCAUUACUUUAAAACAUGAAGGUCAGCCAAUGGCCUCAGAAAUUGCAGCCCAAAUAAAUGCUUCAGAGUUCAAGUAACAGACACAUCUCCAACAUCAACUGUUCAGAGGAGACUGCGUGAAUCAGGUCUUCAUGGUCGAAUUGCUGCAAAGAAACCAACACUAAAGGACAUCAAUAAUAAGAGACUUGCUUGGGCCAAAAAACAUGAGCAAUGGACAUCUGUCCUUUGGUUUGUCCAAAUUUUAGAUGUUUGAUUCCACAGCUGUGUAUUUGUGAGACAGAGUAGGUGAACGGAUUGCAGGUGUGAUGGUGUGGGGGUGCUUUACUGGUGACACUGUGAUUGAUUUAGAAUUCAAGGGACACUUAACCAGCAUGGCUACCACAGCAUUCUGCAGCAUUACACCAUCCCAUCUGGUUGGCGCUUAGUAGGACUGUCAUUUGUUUUUCAACAGGACAAUGACCCAACACACCUCCAGGCUGUGUAAGGGCUAUUUGACCAAGAAGGAGAGUGAUGGAGUUCUGCAUCAGAUGACCUGGCCUCCACAACCAUCCAACCUCAACCCAAUUGAGAUGGUUUGGAUGAGUUGGACCGCAGAGUGAAGGAAAAGCAGCCAACAAGAGCUCAGCAUAUGUGGGAACUCAAAGAAUGCCAAGAGUGGGCAAAGCUGUCAUCAAGGCAAAGGGUGGCUACUUUGAAGAAUAUAAAAUCUAUUUAGAUUUGUUUAACACGUUUUUGGUUCCUACAUGAUUCCAUAUGUGUUAUUUCAUAGUUUUGAUGUGGAAAAUAGUAAAAAUAAAGAAAAACCCUGGAAUGAGUAGGUGUGUCCAAACCUUUGACUGGUAAAGUAUGCCAAUGCAACAUUUGGCUAGGGUCAUAAAAUAUACAGUUCCUUCAGAAAGUAUUCACACUCCUUGACUUUUUCUGUAUUUUGUGGUGUUAUUCCUGAAUUUAAAAUGAUUUCAUUGAGAUUUUGUGUCACUGGCCUACAAUAAUACCCCAUAAAAUCAAAGUGGAAUAAUUUAAGUCAAGUAUUCAACCCCUUUGUAAUGGCAAGCCUAAAUAAGUUCAAGAGUUGCAUGGACUCUGUGUGCAAUAGUAGUGUUUAACAUGAUUUUUGAAUGACUACCUCAUCUACUCCACACAUACAAUUAUCUGUAAGGUCCCUUAGUCGGGCAGUUAAUUUCAAACACAGAUUCAACCACAAUGACCAGGGAGGGUUUCCAAAGCCUUGCAUAGAAGGGCACCUAUUGGUAGAUGGAUAAAGCAGACAUUGAAUAUCCAUUUUGAGCAUGAAGUUAUUAAUUACACUUUGGAUGGUGUAUCAAUACACCCUGUCACUACAACGAUACAGGCGUCCUUCCUAACUCCGUUGCCGGAGAGCAAGAAAAUUGUGACUUUAAAACCGUUACAGAGUUUAUUGCCUGUGAUAGGAGGAUGGAUCAACAACAUUGUAGUUACUUCACAAUACUAACCUAAAUGAUAGAGUGAAAAGAAGGAAGCCUGUACAGAAUACAAAUAUCCCUGUUGCAUUAAGGCACUAAAGUAAACCUGCAAAGAAAGGAACUUUGUGUCCUAAAUACAAAGUGUUAUGUUUGGGGAAAAUCCAACACAUCACUGAAUACCACAUAUUUUCAAGCAUGCAUCAUGUUAUGGGUAUGCUUGUCACCAGCAAGGACCAGGGAGGUUUUUUGUUGUUGAUAAAAAUGAAUGGAAUAGAGCUAAGCACAGGCAAAAUCCUAGGAGAAAACCUGGUCGUCUGCUUUGCAAUAGACACUGGGAGACAAAUUCACCAUUCAGCAGGACAAUAACCUAAAACACAAGACCAAAUAUACAUUGGAGAAGCUCACCAAGAUGACAUUGAAUGUUCCUGAGUGGCCUAGUUACAGUUUUGACUUAAAUCGGCUUGAAAAUCUAUGGCAUGACUUGAAAAUGGCUGUCUAGCAAUGAUCAACAACAUAGUGACAGAGCUUGAAACUUAGAAAGAAUGUGCAAAUAUUGUACAAUCCAGGUGUGCAAAGCUCUUAGAGCAGGGGUGUCAAACACAUUCCACAGAGAGCCGAUUAGCAUCUGCAGGUUUUUUGUUUUUCCAUUCAAUUCAGACCUAGACCACCAGGUGAGGGGGAGUUCCUUACUAAUUAGUGACCUUAAUUCAAUCAAGUACAUGGGUGGAGCGAAAACCUGCAGAAACUCGGCCCUGUGGAAUGUGUUUGACACGUGUCUUAAAGACUCACAGCUGCCAAAGGUGAUUCUGGCGUGUAUUGACUCAGGGGUGUGAAUACUUAUGUAAUUGAGAUAUUUCUGUAUUUCAUUUUCAAUCAAUUUCCCCAAAAAUCUAUAAACAUGUUUUCGCUUUGUCAUUAUGGGGUAUCGUGUGUGUACAUGGGUGAGAAAUAACCACAUUUUAAGCCAUUCUGAAUUCUGAAGGCACUGUAACAGUUGCGGAAUGGAGGUAAUUAAAUCUCAGGGGGGUGGGCAUUAAAGGGCUAAUCUGUAUUUGAAACAAUAAUGUCCGCCUGCCUAUAUUUUGGUGAAAGGUUGAGGGAUGGGCCUGGAGAAAUGUAACCACUUGUCGGGAUGUGAUUUAGGGUGUGUUAUCUAGGGGAAUUGUAUGUCUAUGUUGGCCUGAUAUGGUUCCCAAUCAGAGGCAGCUGUUUAUCGUUGUCUCUGAUUGGGGAUCAUAUUUAGGUAGCCAUUUUCCUAUUGUGCUUUGUGGGAUCUUGUCUAUGUAUUGUUGACUGUGAGCACUAGUCUAGCGGCACGUUUCGGUUGUUGUUUUGGCCUUUGAAGUUUUCGUUUCCAAAAGAAAGGAUGGAAACAUACCACGCUGCAUCUUGGUCUACUCCUUAUGACGAACAUGUGACACCACUCAAAUUCAUAGACGGAGCUUUUGAUGCAAGGACUGACCAUCCAUGAUAUCAAAUUAGCACUUUGAGGCCAUGCAGUUUUUUUUUACAUAAGUAAAACAAGCUUACACCCUCCAAUGUGGCUGAAUUAAAACAAUUCUGCAAAGAAGAGUGGGCCAAAAUUCCUCCAUAGCGAUGUGCCAGUAGCCAGUUAUCGCAAAUGCUUCAUAGCAGUUGUUGCUGCUGAGGGUGGCACAACCAGUUAUUAGGUUUAGGGGGCAAUUACUUUUUCACAUAGGGCCAUGAAGGUUCGGAUAGCUUUUUUCCCUUAAUAAAUAAAAUGAUCACUUAACUGCA